AUGCCCCACCCAGCCCGCCAGUGCCUCACCACCACCGUUCCUAUUCUCGAUGAGCCUUCAAGCUACACAGUGGCUUCAAAAUUUCCGAAUUGGUAUGCCGCAAUGGCCCAUGAAUUUGUUGCUUUGACUCACAACCAUAGUUGGACGCUUGUGCCACUUGUUCCCUCUUCAAACACUUUUGGAUGCAGCUGGGAAUAUCGCACCAAGACCAAGGCAGAUGGUUCAUUACAGCAACGGAAGGCCCGAAUAGUGGCCAAAGACUUUCAUCAACAGUCUGGACUUGAUUACCACGAAACAUUCAGUCCCGAGAUUAAACCUUCGACAAUUCGUCUCAUCAUGUCCAUUGUUGUGUCUCGGCGUUGGGCAUUGCACUUGCUAGAUAUUGAGAAUGCUUUUUUGCAUGGAACUCUUAUGGAUGAUGUCUUUAUGCAGUAG